AUGUCACAAACUUUGAAAGCAUCUCCACUCAAAGAGUCAAAUAGACUGAGUCUCUACCCGAAGCUUGAUUUCGAAGCACCAAGUCCACUUCGACCAUCAUCACCAACAAAACCUAUACAACAGCCAGAUAAAAUUCAACAGGCUCCAGAUGCUUUAGGUAAACCUCCUUCCAGGCUAUCUCCAUUCAAGGGGGCUAGGGCCAAUAUGACAUCCUCAGAAAUCUUUGCAACAACACCCAAAAGAAUCUUCAACUCCAAAACACAAAGUGUUGACAGACAUGGGUUUGGUAAACUUGUCGGAGACCCUUUUGGCGGGAAUACUGAAACAAAUGAAAUAACCUUUGGUACUUUGAAGAGGUUGGCCCCAAGUAACAUGAACUCAAAGCUUCGUACACCUUCAAGAAUGGUUAAAGGUAGAACCAGAACUUUACCAAAUUCAGAACAACCAUCCAGAACUGGAAGACCCUCAUUGAAUAUAAAUGGGAAAGAUGUCAACACCAACUUGUUUGGGAAAUUCAAUUCACAAAAUGAAAUCAAACCAUGUUUGAAAAUGAAAGGAUCCUCUCCUGAGAAACCGAAAGAUCAAAAUAAUGACUCUGAUAAUGAUCUGACAACCUCAUUAAACACCAUGAAGAAUGCAGAAAAUGCCAAAAGUGUCAAGGCAUUCUUACAGAGUGGUGAUGAUAACUGA